GUCCCUGUGCCCGUAGGUCUUCGCGCGCAGGUUGAACGUACUAGAACUUUGGAUAGCAACCUGCGCAAAACAUUACAGUAAAGUCUCCUGUGUGAAUGCGCCAUGCCUCGCUAUACUGUCCACGUCAGGGACGAGUGGUUGACAGUGCCCUGCCGAGACCCUUCCUACACCAUACAGUGGCUGGGUUUGGAAGCCCUCAAGCGGUACACCAAGAACAAACCAGACAAUGGGGGAAUCAAAUCGGUUAAGGACGUCGACUUCGUUGCGCGGAGAUGUCAAGGACAAGGGCUACUGGACGCGGAUGACACAAUAGAGGACGUUUUGGAGGACAAUGAUUUUGUCGAACUUGUCAUUGACGGAGACGCCAUGUCACCAGAUUUCAUCCCGUCCCAACCCGGAAUCUCACAUCUUACAACGACAUACCGAGAACCAGAGAGUUAUAUAUCCUUGGAUGGCAACAGUCUCUCAUCAACAGACCUGGUCAACUUGGGGAAAGGGCUCUACAAAAUUAAGCUGACCCAGGAGGCAGAGAGCAAGGUGAUGCAGUCCAGGGAGCUGCUGGACACUAUUGUCAAAGAGAACAGAGUUGUGUAUGGAAUCACUACAGGGUUUGGGAAGUUUGCCAGAACUGUCAUCCCAGUCAGCAAGCUCAAGGAGCUGCAGGAGAACCUGCUACGAUCACACUCAGCAGGUGUGGGCAGUCCGCUGAGCCCCGAGAGAACCAGGAUGCUUCUGGCUCUGAGGAUCAACGUCCUGGCCAAAGGGCACAGCGGCAUCUCCUUGGAAGCCCUCCACGCGAUUAUCGACGCUUUCAACGCAUCCUGCCUGUCCCUCGUCCCUGAGAAGGGGACAGUUGGUGCCAGCGGAGACCUCGCCCCGCUGUCCCACCUGGCCCUGGGGCUAAUGGGAGAGGGGAAGAUGUGGUCACCUAGGAGUGGUUGGGCUGAUGCCAAAUAUGUGCUAGAGGCUCAUGGACUGAAGCCUAUAUCACUGAGACCUAAAGAGGGCCUGGCUCUGAUAAACGGGACCCAGAUGAUCACGUCUCUGGGUGCGGAGGCCGUGGAAAGAGCCCUGGCCAUCGCCAGACAGGCUGACAUCAUCGCUGCGCUCACCCUGGAGGUGCUGAAGGGGACCACCAAGGCCUUCGACAGCGAGAUCCACAUGCUGCGUCCGCACCCGGGGCAGGCGGAGGUGGCGCUCCGUUUUCGCUCGCUGCUCGACUCGGACCACCACCCAUCUGAAAUCGCAGAGAGCCACAGGUUUUGUGACAGAGUCCAAGAUGCCUACACCAUGCGCUGUUGUCCUCAGGUGCAUGGCGUGGUUGUCGACACUAUAAAUUUUGUGAAGAAUAUCAUCAACACAGAAAUCAACAGUGCCACUGACAACCCUAUGGUCUUCUCGGAGAGAGGAGAAACCAUUUCUGGUGGAAAUUUCCAUGGGGAAUAUCCAGCUAAGGCCCUGGACUUCCUGGCCAUCGGGGUCCACGAGCUGGCCAGCAUCAGCGAGAGGAGGAUCGAGCGGCUCUGUAACCCCUCUCUGAGCGAGCUGCCCGCCUUCUUGGUCAAUGAAGGGGGCCUGAACUCAGGGUUCAUGAUUGCACACUGUACAGCUGCGUCACUAGUGUCGGAGAAUAAAGUGCUGUGCCACCCUUCUUCUGUGGACUCCUUGUCCACCAGCGCUGCCACUGAGGACCACGUGUCCAUGGGUGGCUGGGCAGCCAGGAAGGCCCUGAGAGUGGUGGAGCAUGUGGAACAAGUUCUCUCUAUCGAGCUACUAGCUGCCUGCCAGGGUAUCGAGUUCCUCCGCCCCCUGCGUACGACCACGCCAUUGGAGAAAGUCUACGACCUUGUGCGCACUGUGGUGAAACCGUGGAUUAAGGACCGCUUCAUGUCCCCGGACAUUGAGGCUGUCCACCGCUUGCUCCUGGACCAGAAGGUGUGGAAUGUUGCUCACCCCUACAUAGAGAGGUACAACGUGGAACACAUCCCAGAAUCUCGCCCCAACUCCCCAACAGCCUUCUCGCUGGAGUCCCCGACAUCACCAAGGAAACGCGUUCGCCUUGAGUGAUGCAAAGAUUUGAUUUUUUUUUUCUUCAAAAUUUCGCAUUUCAAGUGCUUCCUUUGAGCCAGAGCACACAAGCUAAGGGCUAGUAGCAUAAAAUUGGAUAUAAUUACUGUGUGCGUGAGCCUUUCCUUACAGAAAUGGAAUAUACUGCAAUAUAUUGCAAAUGUUUAAAAAAAAAUAUUAUAUUGUAUUAAAAAUAUGUAAUAUCUGAAAGUGGAUAUAAUGUGCAAUUUGAGGUAGAAACAUAUUUGCCCAUGUACUAUGUUACAAUACCUUGUAUAAGUAUUAUAAUAUAUUUUAUAACAUAUUUUAUUUCAAUAUAUUCACUAUAUAAUCAGUAUAUUUCAUUUCUAGAGGGUUAGUUGUUUGUUCACUAGAGGUAUGAUUAAAGAGCACAUGAACACAUAUUCAUAUAUGUAUAUAUGAAAUAUCCUGUUUCUACCUCAAAGCUUGCCCCAAUACAAAUUAAUAUUGGGUAAAGGUGCUUACCACCAAUAUAGGUUGAGCUCGCUAGGUAGAAAUCGAUAACUGGGAGUCAACCAAGGUGGAAAUAAUGGGUUUAAUUUGAUUCUGAACAAAUCAAAAAUUUCUUCUGUCAAUAAAUAUAUGGGUUUAUGUCUGGGUUCUUCUAGUUACCAUUAAGUUAACAGAAACAUUUGUUGUAUGAAUAUUUAUCAGUUAUUUUGAAUCAAGGCCUAUCUUAGACAUUUUCGGUGUGGCUCAUACUUAAAAAAUAUAGGCCCUCCAUCUGUUUAUGCCACAGUUUGAUUAAUACUCGAUGCUGAUUGGCUGAUGGUCAUGUGUAUAUCAUUCAUGAACAAUACUUGCGCUUCUAGAACAAGCUCUAUAUCAUAAAGCCAAAAGAUCGCCGCUCCAUAAACAAGGAUCAGUGUUACCAUGGUGCUCUUCUGAAUUACAUGCAUGUUAAAUAACAUCUUUCCAUUUGUUUAAACAUUGUAUGAAAGAGCAAUUGGAUAUUAAUGACUGCAUUUGACUAAACUGUCAAACAGAGUAAUUCAAAGCAGUUGUGUAGUGUGCCCAAGUUCAAAUACAGCUGUACUGUAGACGUUUUUCGUCAUUCAUUUAAAUUAACUUUGAUUAAAACUAGACUCAUAUUUA